AUAGGGGUAGUACCAUAUCCUAUAGAGAAUCAAUGGAUCCAAUAUCCCACAAAAAUGUUCAUCAACUUUUGCAACAAAUCACUCAAGCUCCUCUUCCUCUCUUCCUCUUCCUCUUCCUCUUCCUCUUCCUACUUUCACUCAAACUCUUCUCCACCAAAAGCACCAAAGCCUUACCACCAUCACCACCACAGCUUCCAAUAAUUGGCAACCUCCACCAGCUAGGCAGCCUCCCACACCGCUCAGUGGCAUCUCUGUCAGACAAAUAUGGCCCUCUCAUGCUCCUCAAGCUCGGCCAAAUCCCAACCCUCGUCGUCUCAUCCGCAAAGCUAGCUAGAGAAGUCAUGAAGUCCCAUGACACCAUCUUCUCAAACAGAUACCAAAACAGAGCUGCACAAUCAUUAAUCUAUGGAUGCCGUGAUGUGGCCUUUGCUUCCUAUGGAGAGCAAUGGAGACAAGCUAGAAAGCUCUGUGUUUUGGAGCUUUUGAGUGCCAAAAGAGUCGAGUCUUUUCAAUAUGUGAGAGAUGAGGAAGUUGGUGAGCUUGUGAAGAAGAUUCGUAAAGGUUGUGGCUUUGGAGAUUCAGGGGUGAAUCUUAAUCAGCUUUUGAUGUCAACUUCGAAUAAUAUUGUGUCGAGAUGCGUUUUGGGAGAGAAAUUUGAGAAUGGAAAAGGAAUGAGUGGGUUUGGAGAUGUGACGAGGAAGGUUAUGGUGUUGUUGUCGGCGUUUUGUGUUGGUGAUGCGUUGCCUUGGCUUGGAUGGGUUGAUGCGGUGAGGGGGUUCAAUCGGGAACUCAAGAACACUUUUGAAGCGUUGGAUGGGCUGUUUGAUAGAGUGAUUGAUGAACAUAGAGAGAAGAUGAAGAACAGUGAUCGAUCUGGGGAGAUGGAUUUUGUUGAUAUCAUUCUGCAAUUGCAACAACGGGAUACUCUUGAUUAUCGUUUCUCUAUGAACGAUUACAAAGCAAUUUUACUGGAUAUGUUUGUUGGAGGAACCGACACGACAGCAACAGGUUUGGAAUGGGCAAUGGCUGAGCUAAUGAGAAACCCAACAGCCAUGAAAAAGGUUCAAGAAGAGGUCAGGACAGUAACGGGAAAAAAACCAAAGAUUGAAGCGGAAGACAUUCAAAAGAUGAAGUACAUGCAGUGUGUUAUAAAAGAGUCUCUAAGACUUCACCCACCAGUUCCUCUAUUGGUGCCCCGACAGACAAUGGGAACUGUGAACCUUGAAGGCUACGAAAUUCCACCAAAAACUAGCGUUUGGGUCAAUGCUUGGGCAAUUCAAAGAGACCCCAAAAGCUGGGAAAACCCAAAUGAGUUCAUCCCAGAGAGAUUCAUGGAACCAAACUCUGUUGAUUUCAAAGGCCAAGACUUUGAGUUCGUUCCAUUUGGGAGUGGAAGAAGGAAGUGCAUUGGAAUGUCGUUUGGGUUGGCUGCUUUAGAAUCUGUGUUGGCUAAUCUUCUUUAUUGGUUUGAUUGGAAGCUGCCGGCCGGGGAGCCAUUGGAUAUGACUGAAGAACAUGGGCUCUCAGUGUUCAUGAAACAUCCUCUCAGUCUUGUCCCAAUUCCACGCACUGUGUAAUAUUUGACUAUUUCGUUAAUGGUUAUGAGUGAGUGAGUAAGUGAGUAUCAUUAAUAAUGUGUAUAUGAAGUUCUGUAAGAACUACCAUAUGGUUU